AUGCCAUCCUACAACGCUCACACGGACACGCUGGGGGUGCCGCGGUUCCACAAGCUCUCCUUCCUGACCUAUGACGGCAAGGAAGAUCCCCUGGGGUGGCUGAACAAGUGCGACCACUUCUUCCGCGCCCAGCGCACUCCUGAGGAGGACAAGCGCUUCGGACCCACACUCGGCACCAAUCAUCUCUCUGACCUGGCGCGCCUUCCGUUCCCCGGCACGGUGGUGGGCUACGUCGAGGCGUUCCUGAGUAGGAUGGCCCACGCCGGUCUGCUGUCCCCGUUGCAGCAGGUUCAGCUCUUCACUGACGGCCUUCCGAAUUCGAUUCGCACCGACAUCGAGCUCCAGGCGCUGGCCGAUCUGCAGCGCGCCAUGGGGCUGGCCCCGGCCUACGAGCGCCGCGCCGUGGCCCUCCCUGGCGCUGGGACCGCCCGCGCGCCACGCUCGCGCCUCUUCUACCUUGAGGUCACGGACCCCGAUGACACUGACUUGCCGGAGGAGGCGGCGCAACAGGAGGAGCCGUCGCCGCUGAUCUCGCUGCAUGCGAUCACCGGCAUCCGUUCGGCCGACACCAUGCAGAUCCGUGUCGCCAUCAGCCCCCAUGUGCUCACGGCUCUCCUUGACUCUGGCUCUACCCACAACUUCGUCAGCGAGGUUGCGGCGCAUAAGGUGGGCCUGCGGUUCGAUGACUCCAGCGGCGCCCGGGUGACUGUCACCAAUGGUGACCGUGUCGCCUGCCGUGGCGUCGCGCACAACAUCGCCAUCCACAUCGACAACGACCACUUCCAGGUGGAUUGCUACGCGAUCCCCCUCGACUGCUACAACUUGGUCCUCGGGGUGCAGUUCCUGCGUACCCUGGGGCCCAUUCUAUGGGACUUCGAUGACCUCUGCUUGGCGUUCUGGCAUCGGGACCGGCGCGUCCUAUGGCACGGCCUCGGAUCGCCCUGCCAGGCCGACCAGGCGCAGUACCGUCUACAUGCCGUGCGCACCACCGACGGAGACCUCCUAGACCGCCUACUGGCCUCCUUCGAGGAUGUGUUCGCCACGCCGACGGGACUUCCGCCUCGCCGUGACUGCGACCACCGCAUACACCUUCCGCUGGGCGCCACACUAGUCGCGGUCCGCCCCUACUGCUACCCCCAGCUCCAGAAGGAUGAGCUGGAGGCUCAGUGCAACACCAUGCUGGAACAAGGCAUCAUCAGGCCCAACACAUUGCCGUUCUCUGCCCCGGUACUCCUCAUGCACAAGUCCGACGGCACGUGGCGAUUCUGCGUCAACUACCGCGCCUUGAACGAGUGCACAGUGAAGGACAAGUUCCCGAUACCAGUGGUCGAGGAACUCAUCGACGAGCUGCACGGCGCGUGCUUCUUCACCAAACUGGAUCUGCACGUCGGCUACCACCAGGUGCACGUCCACCCGGAUGACAUCGAGAAGACGGCGUUCCGCACCCACCACGGCCACUUCGAGUUCCUAGUGAUGCCAUUCGUCCUCACUAACACGCCAGCCACAUUCCAGAGCUUGAUGAAUGCCGUGCUUUGCCCCUUCCUCCGUAAGUGCUUCUUGGUGUUCUUCGAUGACAUACUCAUCUACAGCUCAUCCUGGACAGAGCACCUCCAGCACCUAUGCACCGUCCUCACCGUCCUGCGCGACAACAAGCUCUGCGUCAAGCGUUCCAAGUGCGCCUUCGCCACCACCUUGGUUGCGUACUUGGGCCACGUGAUCUCCUCAUCAGGCGUGGCCAUGGAUGGGGACAAGGUCGCGGCGGUUGCAACAUGGCCGCAGCCAAUGUCCGCACGUGCGCUGCAGGUCUUCCUCAGCCUCGCCGACUACUACAGACACUUCAUCAAGGACUUUGGCACCAUCACGGUGCCCCUGACACAGCUGCUAUGCAAGGAGGGCUUCUCGUGGACCGACGACGCCACGACGGCAUUCCAAGCACUCUAG